GAGAAUGGGGUGUCAGUUUAUCAGCAGUUACAGUUCAUCUUUAAGCAUUACCAUACCACAAUAGAGCCUACAGCCCCGACACCAAACCCAAGCCAUAACCCCAAAAGUAAAAAAACACAAACUCCCCCAGUCUUUCGGACUCUCAGAUGUGAUAGAUUCUGCGAAUCUGGGGGGCAAAAUUAUCAAUCAACGGUGCAGGUGCAGCCGGAGCUAUGGCGUCCUCGAAACAGCCCACACCGCGGCAGCUAGCCUACCUCGACGAGCUGAAGACCCGGCUCCGGGAGCUGCGCAUGCGCCAGGUCACCUUCAUGGAGCAGACCGCCCAAAUACUCAGCCGGAUGAGCUCCGCCACCAUGGAGGAGGCAGCGGCGGCGGUGGCAGUUGCGGCAGCAGCGGCAUCGGUUGCCGCUAAGUCCUCGACCAUCACUCUGAAGGCGAGUGAUACCGCAUCGUCGGGGUCUGCCGCCGGAUCUGGAGGAAAGUUGAACAUCAAGCAGCUGAUCCAGCGGUUCGAGGACCUGCGCAAGACCUCCCAGGAACUCGAUCUGCCCGAUGUUCCCGAAGAGCUGAUCAACGUGGACGUGCGCCGCAUCCUGAAGGGCUACGAGAAACUCAUCGAGGACGGCAAUGUGCUCCAGCAGUCCUGGUACCUGCUGAAAAAGUCGACGGAGAGCUGUGCCCGCUUGGCAGACGCCAACGCAAAAGCUAAAACUAAGGGUCACAGCGAGGAAGCAUCUUCCGUAAAGAUGGGCUUCGAUAGCUCCACGAGAUCUGCGGAUGUCGUCGCGGCUUCCAGAGGGCCACCACCGGAGUCCCGCCAGCAGGUAGUGAGAGUAUCGCGACUCAGUGGCAGCAAGUCUCGGCGAUCCAACUUGGUCACCAGUACAGAGGUGUUCACCAAGGAGCGAGAGGUUUUCGGACCGCAGGAGAUCUACCAAGAGCAGGACUUCAAGUACAAGUAUAGGGUCCACGAAUAUGCCUUAUCCGAUUCCAGGACGAGCCCGUUGGGGAGCCGUGCUGCAGUUGAUCCUGCGCCUUCCCAACCUCUUUCGCCACUGCAGGAAGAAUAAGAAGGUCAUGUCGCCGCCCUGCUCGAAUGGCUGCCACCUGCCCCACAAGACGGCCACACACUAGCACCUCCCAAUAGCCUCCAUCACACACACCAUACCACGCACUACCCAAAUCCAACCCGAAGCCACACCAAUCCCCACAAAUCCCCCCUAAAAUAAUCCAAUAAAGGCUCCCACACCCACGAAAAGAAAAAAGAAGGCGCAUUAAUCAAUAGCCAACACCACA